AUGCAGAUGCCCUUGCUGCUUUGGUAUACGUCCCUGCCCUUGGUGACGUCAAAUAGCCAGAACUCAUGUGAUUCGGAGAUGAAUGCAGUCAACUUCUUGCAGACGGGUGUGGCGACAUUUGUGUCACCUCAGGCAGAAGCUUGCCUACGCUUCAUGCACAUACCCAAGACUGGGGGCACCAGCAUCGACUCAGCUAACCUGCACCUCCCGCCGGGACAGCGGGCUUUCGACUCCUACAUGCUGCGCGCAUAUGAGCGAAUUGCCGAAGCUGACCAGAUAGAUGAAAAGGAGCAAGAGAAGUUUAGGGACAUGCGGAUUGGACCCAGUGCCUUCAAUGAUAGUUGGCCCAUGUUGACCCCUGUAGUCCCAAGCCCCAGGACUUGGGCAAUCUUUUUGACUUCUCACAUUCAAGCGAGCUGGUGUACACGCCUUUCAGAACCCUGCACAGACGUUUAUACCAUUGGCUGCCGCCCGGAGCGACGGAUCAAUGCGAGGAUGUACACACACCACCCUCCCGCAGUGCCACAGCAGCUUUAA